AAAACAGAAUAGAGCAUCCCUCAAAUACUCAUUGAUACAAAGUAGACCCCCAACAACAACUCAACCAUUACCAUGGCUUCUCUGUUGCAUCUCCUCUUCUUCCUCUUCCUUCAACCUCUCUUCUCCAUUGCCAAUGUCCACAAACUCAACCAACUCAGAUCAGAGCUCAUCUCCCAACCAACACCUCUAAAUGACACCCCACCAACCCUUUACUUUGAAGUAACCAAACCCAUUAAACUACCCAAAACCAAGCCUUGUUCCCAGCUCAUUCUCCAGCAUGACUUUGCCUACACUUAUAGAAAAGCCCCAGUCUUUGCUAACUACCACCCUCCCUCAAAUUGCCCAUCUCAGAAUUUCUCCAAGAUUGUUCUUGAAUGGAAAGCUACAAGCAAAGGAAGGCAAUUUGACCGCAUUUUUGGGGUUUGGCUCUCUGGGGUUGAGCUUCUCAGGAGCUGCACCGCAGAGCCGAGGCCUAAUGGGAUUGUUUGGAGUGUUGAGAAGGACAUCACCAGGUACUUUUCAUUACUCCAGAAGAAUCAGACACUUGCUGUUUAUCUUGGCAAUUUGAUUGAUAAAACCUAUACUGGGGUUUACCAUGUCAAUGUUAGUAUUCAUUUUUAUCCUGCUGAAGAGAACUUGAUUGAUCAUGACCAAAAGUUGGCAUCUUGGGCGGAUUUGAUUCUGCCCAUUUCUAGAAAUUUGCCUUUGAAGGAUGGGUUGUGGUUUGAAAUUGAGAAUUCAACUGAUACCAAGUUGAAGGAAUUUGAGAUUCCUCGAAAUGCUUAUAGGGCUGUGUUGGAAGUGUAUGUUUCCUUUCAUGAGAAUGAUGAAUCCUGGUAUGCAAAUCCUACUAAUGAGUACAUUGCUGCAAACAACCUUAGCGUGCCCGGAAAUGGACCCUUUAGGGAGGUUGUGGUCAGUAUAGAUGGUCAUGUUGUUGGUGCUGUGUGGCCUUUUACAGUGAUAUUCACAGGAGGGGUCAAUCCUCUCCUGUGGCGACCCAUUACUGCAAUUGGCUCAUACGAUCUUCCUUCUUAUGACAUCGAAAUCACACCGUUUUUAGGGAACAUAUUGGAUGGGAAGAGCCACAAGAUUGGCUUUAAUGUUACAAAUGCCUUGAAUGUUUGGUACAUAGAUGCAAAUUUGCAUAUUUGGUUGGACAAACAGAGCAGAAGAACUGAGGGACAGCUUGUGAAGCACACAAGCUUGCCCCUUGUUAUUUCACUGGUGUCAGAUUUCAAGGGUUUAAAUGGCACAUUUAUCACAAGGGUGAGCAGGUCUGUCUCAUCAACUGGGUGGGUGAAGUCAUCGAAUGGGAAUAUUACAACCCAGUCAAUUCAAAAAUUUUACUACAGUAAUACAAUGGUCAUGGGGAAUAAUGGUGAUGUGCAGAUAGUGAACCAGAACAUCCAUUUCAAUGACACUGUUCAUAUCAUGUCGCCUUCCUCCAUCGUUCACUCACUCUCAUCACACAAAACAUUUCCCCUUUACUUGUACACUGACUACUUGGAACAAAAAAAUAAUACAUAUUUAUUGGUGACAAAUGUCAGUCUGGGAGUUAUUGAGAAGAAAACUGCAAGUGCUGGUUCUCGAUUCAUGAAGAGCUCUCUCAGAAAUUUGCAGAAUGCAGAGGGUCAUAUGGUUGUAAAAGAUAAUUUGGUAGUCAGUGGAGUCGGGAAUACACAGCAAAUGUACAGAUAUCAUGGUGGAAAAUUCUGUUACUUUAGGAAUAUAAGCAGCUCAAACUACACCAUACUUUAUGAUAAGGUUGAGAAUACAUGCAACAACAAACCAAAGUCUAACUGGGAUUUUGGUUUGAGAAGACUGUGGCCUUUUGGUGCUGGAUUUAUUUGAAAACAAUGAGGAAGUUUAGCUUAUUCAUCUUGAUGCAUCUUGUUGUGCUACAUAAAAGUACUCCUUUGCUAAGAUUUUGAAGAGGGUGCCUCCAUCUGUAUGUCGGUACCUCAGAUUCAAAUUUUGCUGGCUGCUUUUGCUUAAAGGUUUAUCUCCAAUAAAGAUCGACAGACACCCUACAACUAUCUGUAAUCUAUUCAAAUGUUUAAGAAUGCUUUAAGUUUUUUGUUACAAUAUUGGCAUAUCACUCGCUCUAGUGUAUAACUGAUGAUUUCAUUGAUGUGGAAGAGUGUUUGAGUAGACUAAAAUCAAUGAUGGAUGGCACCUAGAUGGAGAAUUAUCAUCAUCAUCUAG